ACGGACAUAUAAUGUGGGUCUGUAACCCAUGUUUGGUGUUUUUCCAAGUUCUUUUAACAGUCGUUCUAGCACAACAACAGUCUUGCGGUACACAGAAAGUCACGAACUAUCAUGAAGAUAACGACCAAUUACGUAGUGACCUAUUGAACCCUGCGCGAGGAUUUUAUCAAGAAUCAUUGACCUCAGCCAGAUUUUUCCAUCCUUUGACGAAAGAUCAUCUAGCAUGUCUUCGAGAUAACCAAGGUUCCAGUCUGAUGUUGAGGAUGUACAGUUUAAACGAGUUCGCUGAUGGAGCUCCUAUCUCACAAGAUUUCUUACAGAAACUUGAACAAGAUUUCAAGGCAGCUAAAGAUGCCGGGUGGAGUCUUGUUCUCAGAUUUAUGUACCAAAACAGUUUGGAUACACAGUAUGACCCACAGUCAGAACCAACAAUAGCUCAAAUCAAGGAACAUAUCAAACAGCUAGCACCUAUAAUUGCCCGGUAUGAUGGCGUCGUGGUAGCUGUCCAAGCAGGUUUCCACGGAGAAUAUGGAUUAUGGUACACACCUGGAACAAAUAGUACGAAACAAGAUACAGCUAUAAUUGAUACGCUACUCACAGAACUUCCAUCAACAAUGCCAGUACAAGUUGCUCAUCCAGACUACAAGACAGGAAAGAUGAAAAUAGAAAGAAUAGGUCACUUCCACGAAUGUCUGUUAGAAGGUGACACCAAUGAUCUUAAAUAUGCCUUUCCGGACCUCUCCACCGAUACUAGUGCCUUGUCUUAUCUGACGAAUGAUACGAAAACCAGUGUUAUUGGAGGGAAAACAUGUCACCCAGGAGACACUAAAAAUCCGCCAAGAAAUUUAUGUAUCGAUUCCGAGCAGUUGUUCAAAAGUCUGCACUUAACCUAUCUUAACAUUAAUGACCCGGAUGAAGCUAUACAAAACUACAAAAGACAUGGUUGUUUUAAAACACUGUCUGACGUCAUGGGGUACCGUCUGGCGCUGGAAUCAGUGACAAUUCCAGACAACGUUAAUGUUAAUACUCCAGUAUGUGUUGGUAUUACACUAUCGAACAGAGGAUAUGCUUCUCCAUUUCGUCAAUACAAUGUAUCGAUUGUUCUACAAAAUACAGUCAAUAAAAGCAUUGUAUAUGAAGCUGCCAUUCCAACCGAUACGACAAGAUGGCUACCAGGAAGUGAUAUACAUUUGAAAACAACAUUUUACCUUCCAACUAACACUCCAACUGGAACGACUUACAAGGUAUACUUGAAGAUUUCGGAACCAAAGCUCGGCGAUAACACUGAUUACUUUGUUGUGUUGGCAAACUCAAAAGUAGUCCCAAAUAACGGACUGAAAAGCUUAGGGUCUUUUCAGGUUGUAGCUUCCAGCGCAAUACAUCCAACUUUUACACCGACGUCAACACUAAAGACAUGGACACUUCCUAAAGUAUCAACCAAUCCACGGACGUGGCAUCAGGUGACGCGCUCCUGUCUUCAGAUACCAAAUGGACCUCCUGUAAGUUCAACGUCACUUCCUCUAACUACAGCGCCACCUGUUUUUACAACGACAUCGCCACCUGCUACGACAACACAAGUUGUCAGUACACUACCUCCGCCGUUUGUUUCGUUUUCAAACGAUACAAGUAACCUAGCGAUAUGCAGGAAGUUUGAUACCGUCAAGGCCCUCCUACAGUUCACGUACUUUACUCAUCCAUCUACGCCUGAAUGUCCAAACACGUCGUCCCGAGCUACACCGGAAGCUAUUCCGAUAUCAUUCUGUAGCGCACCGACCGAUACGAGCUACUGGAAACCAAAAGGAAGGGUGAUUGAUAACUGUGAGAGGAUUCCAAUGUACGCACGUUUUGGUGUGUUCAGCAACCAGGGUUUAUAUGGCUACGACACUUCCAUUCGUAAAUGUGGUGUUUUCCUGGGAUGUUUGAAAUCAGGUUCAAAGGUGGUAGGAGUAAAGAUUGGUAUGCAAGUUUGUGGACGACCUUUUGACAUCGAGAAUGCUCGUUUUUCAAACGAAAAAGACUUGGUGAACCUAUAUGUGUUUUAAAUCAAAUAAAAUCAAAAAGUAUAACG